AUUUUCAAAACAUGCAGACGAAAGAAUACAGAUAUGAUACUAGAAACAUAAUGUAUGGUGAUCAGCGCGUUAUGUGUACAAUAGAUUAUCAAGGUACAUACUCUGUAAAUUUGAAAUUGGUAUCAGCUCAAUAUCCUGCUUUCAGAUUAGCAAAAAGAAAAUUGGUGCCACAAUUGUUGAAACAAGCUCAUUUUGUAAUCCCGUUUGGACUAAAGGAACUACGAUUGUCAUUAAUAGCAUGUGUGGAAAAGCAUUGUGAUAUUACGGUAUCAUCAGAAUCUAUCGACGACAUGAUUGAACAACUCAGUCGAUGAGAGAUGCAACUGAUAAUUUACAUGACCAGCCAUUGCCUGACUUGAAAUAUCGCUUAACGAACAGAUCAAUCACUUUAGAGGACAUACGUGAACAUCUUUUUGGUUCUGUCGAAAAAUUCUUUAGAAACGAAGUAGAUAAAUUCCUUGUAGGUACGAGCAAUAUAAUACCCAGGCCAAUAGACAUUUUUUGCACAAGUCGAAUCCCGAAAACAUUUUUAGCUUGGACGGUAAUCUCAUCAGUUGUUGAUUGGUCGAAAGAGUCUUUCAAGAAGCUAAGAGAAUCUUACACAUCAGGUUCUAUACGUCCCAAAUCUGAAUACUUUGACUAUAGUUUUCGAAGAAAUACAGUUUUACAGCUUUUAGAAAACCGAAUGGAAGAAUUUUACGUGCGCAGAAACCCAAUUAUACUACCCAACGUAACAACAAUGGAAGAACCCAAAAGUUGCUUAAAGUCUAAUAUCUUCAUCAAUAUCGACAUAUCGCCUACACAAAUCCAGACUGUUUUUACAUACCUUGAUAAAGAUAGACAAGUUGGACAGAAGCAAAAUUUUGAAUGUAAUAUGCAACCAUUGAAUAGUUUCAUCAAGCAAUCAGAAUUACAUCAAAGACCAAUACUCCGCAUAUCAAAUAGACUGAAGUUACGUUUGGAAACGAUUUUUGGUGACUAUCUUAAAUUAUACUCAAAUUACAUCGGACAGAGUAUGAUAAUGGAGACAACAACUAAACCACCUGAUCAAGUUUCAAUAAAAGAGAAAACGGAGAGUACUUUCAACGAUUAUAUUGGGAUAAAAACUGGCAAAAAUCGACCAAACAAAAUCAGAAAAUUAUUUGUUUCCUCAAAUCCAAACCUAUUUAAACAGCUUACGGCAAACAUUGAAAUGGACGAUCUUUUUGCGUCGAAGGAUGAAUCUUCUGGUUCGGAUAGUGAGUCAUUUACUACAUGCCAUCCAGGUUACAUGUAUUUUUUUAUGAUCACAUAUCUGCACUGUCUCAAUAAGCAGAUAGAAGAAAAAUUAGAAAGUAAUAUAGGAUCGAAUUGGAGGGCCAACAACAUUUGGUAUGCCGUCUCUAUUGAUAAAACGUUAUUAGAUUCUGUAUUCGGGUCAAUAAAAAAAUUGGAAAAAGCAUUCUUUGCAAGUGGAAUACUUGUGAAGGACGACGAACUUCGAAAAGCAAAAUUCUGUACUCGUGGUGAAGAAAUUCUACCAGCUAUCCAACACAUAUAUCAACACUUGGAAUUUAGGUUGAAAUCAUACUUUGUUGUUGCACAGAUAUAUUCAAAGCAUAUUCAACUCAGUUUGCAUCAAGUUGUUAAACUUGUAUCACCCGAAGAAGAUCCAGCGUCCAUCAUUAUUCAGGAUGAAAUAAUACAAAUCGAUGAUGUAUAUGAUACACUUUGUAAGAGGAUUAUGAAGAGCAUACAAUUCAAUUGUCAAGUUGAUUAUUGUACCACGCACAAGAGUGAGAAAGAUACACCAUAUGAUUUCCAGUCAUUUGAGAUAUAUAGCGAUAUCUAUCGAAAUUUAAAACCAUGUGUUGCUGAAAUUUUCGAAAAAAACAAAUUGAAUUUUGACAUGGAUUUCAAAAUACAGCUGGAUGUCAACACGAAAUGCGGUUGCUGUAUUAGCAUAUUUCUUCGUGAUAUUAUUGAAGUAAGCCUUAUGUCAGUGAUAGAAAGUAUGGCAACAGAUAUAGUAGCUUCUUUGACCAACAAAAAAUUAUUUGGGAACUAUGUACCGAGUUGUAUUUUUGUGUUUGGAGACCCGUUCAAUCUGGGGCACGGUUCAAAGAUCCACAUAGCAUACGCCAUGCUUAUGCAAAAAGCGAUUGAUGACGGCGUUUAUAUUAAAGAAAAAGAUACAAAGACGUUUGUACAAAGAGAAUCAAUUUUUCAAUUACUGGAGACGUUUUUAGCUAAAAAAAAGCCUUACAUGUUUGAAAGGUUUGUCACUGGAACUUUGUGCCAAGUAUCAAGCGAAACGUAUGGUAUGCGGGUUGAAAGUUACGGUUUGAAAUCUUACGCCCGAAUGGACAGUGGUGGUAUCAAAAAUCAGAUUGCCGAAGAUGAUCCUUAUUUUGUAUUUAUUCAGAAAGGGAAGCCAAUUUCAACUAAGGGUUUCAUAAUUCAAGUCAAUUCUAUAAAGGCCUAUGAUGCUUAUGUAGACAUUCUGAAAUUAGAAAGUUCAACCAGUACUGUUCCGGACAUGUGUGCUCUAUUGCACGGCCACACUUUUGGUGCGAAAUUUGACAUACCUUGCAGAUCUUCGUCGAAACUUACGAUCAGAAAUUGGGUUGUAGAAUGUGAGCAUAUUAGCAAUUACUUAUCUAUCAAAGUAUCAAGAGGAUGCAUGAGUAUUGAAGACUAUGUAUAUAGCUCUUAUUACGAAACCCUAAAUAUCAUAAAGCCAUUGACACUUGCUUAUAUUUAACAUAUCACAGCUUCAAUAAAAUGAUACCAUUUUUAAACCA